AUGAAACUUUACAACAACCACAACGGAAACCUUUUCUCCGACAUCGCUGUCCUCACUGCCAAGUUCGCCAAGGUUGACCUUAACGUCGUUCUUGUCUCAGAAGAAGAAGCCAAGUCAAAGGACUUCAAGGCUAAAUCACUUACUGGCAAGUUCCCACUCCUCGAGACCGAACACGGUAACCUCGUUGAGUCAGCCUCAAUUGCUAGAUACAUCGGAAGACUCUCAAGUGAGGGACUCUCAGGCAACUCAGCUUUCGAAUCUGCUCAAGUUGACCAAUUCUGCGAUUUCUCAAACUCAAACCUCAUCCCACACCUCAGAACUAUCGUAUAUGCCGUUUUCGGACAUGCAGUCGUUGAAACUGAGACCUUCAACACCGCUAUUAAGGAUCUUAAGGAGCAUGUUAGAUCACUUAACACCCACCUCCAAGGAAAGACCUACCUCGUUGGUGACAGACUUACUGUUGCUGAUGUUGUCGUCGCAGUUGCCCUUCUCCUUCCAUUCCAAACAGUACUCGAUGGUGGAUUCAGAAAGUCAGUUGCCCCCAACGUUACUGCCUGGUUAGACAGAUUCGUUGCCCUCCCAGAAGUUGUUUCAAGACUCGGUCACGUCAAAUUCUGCGCCAAGCCAAUGAAAGCUGUUGCCCCACCCAAGAAGGAAGAAAAGAAAGAAGAAAAGAAAGCCGCUGAGAAGACUGAAGCAGUUGCUGCACCAAAGAAAGAAGUCGACCCACUCGAUGAACUCCCACCCACCAAGUUCGAUCUCCCAACCUUCAAGACCUACUUCGUUAAUCUUCCAGACAAGAGAGGUGAAGGUAUGGACCACUUCUUCGCCAACUACGACAGAGAAGGAUAUAGCCUCUUCUACGCCAAGUACGAAAAGUACGAAGGUGAGGGUGUUGUUCUCUAUCAAACCUCAAACCUCAUGAACGGAUUCCUCCAAAGAAUCGAUAGCUUCAGAAGACACACCUUCUCCAUGAUGGCUAUUGUUGGAGAGGAGCCAAACCUCGACAUUGAGUCAGUCUGGCUUUUCAGAGGCAAGGGUAUCCCACAACAAAUGAUCGAUCACCCACAAUUCGAAUACUACCAAAAGAGAGAACUUUCCGUCGACAACGAGGAAGACAGAAACCUCAUCAGAGAAUUCUGGUCCGCCAAAGUUGGAGACAACGUCAACGGCAAGGUUGUUGUUGAAUGCAAGAUGCACAAAUGA